GCCGAUCUCUCUCGCUUUCUCCUGGUCCUCUUUUUCAUUCCCCCCCUCUGUUGUUCCUUGACCUUCUCUUUUACAUGGAGGUCUACCAACAACAACAGCAGCACCCCAAGCCCCCCAAACAAUCCAUGUUUCCCAAUGCGAUUUCUCAUGCCCCAAUCUCAAUCACGGCUUCCGGACUCAUCUCCACCGCUCAUUAAUGAUUACACAAAGCUUCUCGCAGCCUCUCCCCCACUGCCCAUGUGGAAACACCACCACUAUUAUCACAACCACCCCUCCGAGAAGAAGAAGGAAGCCGCAGCACCACCUAGUUCUCCCCAUUUUCCGGCGCAAAACUCUCCGCAGAAAACUCUGUUUCGGUUUCACCGCUGCUUGUGCUAUCUCCCCGGAUGGCGGCUCCGGGGCUAAUAACAUGAACAUAGAGAUCGCCAAUUCGACCCGACGAGCUGCCAAGAACUUGGUGCUGAAGCGGUUCUCGAGGGAGUUGGACGCCAUAGAUGAGUUUAACGAUGAGUCACAGAUUCAGAUGGGCUCGAGCUUCUCCAACUUCCAAGAAGACCCUUUUGUAGAUAAGCUCAGGACUCAGCUGGGAGUGAUACACCCAAUGCCGUCCCCUCCGAUUAACAGAAACAUUGUGGGGUUGUUCGUCUUCUUCUUCUUCGUUGGUGUUGGGUUUGAUAAGUUCUGGACUUCGAGGAAGAAGAAGAGCAAGGCGGUGGGGAGUGACAAUGGGCCGAGGGAGGCGUGGCCGCAAGUGCCGACGAGCUUCUCGUUGUUUUUGGAGAAGGAUUUGCAGAGGAAGGAGUCGGUGGAGUGGGUGAAUAUGGUGCUGGGGAAGCUGUGGAAGGUUUAUAGAGCCGGGCUCGAGAAUUGGCUCAUCGGGUUGCUUCAGCCGGUUAUUGAUGAUUUGAAGAAGCCUGACUAUGUUGAGAGAGUUGAAAUCAAGCAGUUUUCGCUGGGGGAUGAGCCGCUGUCUGUUAGGAAUGUUGAAAGGAGAACAUCCCGUCGUGUCAAUGAUCUACAGUACCAGAUAGGUCUCCGUUAUACUGGUGGUGCUCGCAUGCUGUUAAUGCUUUCGCUGAAAUUUAGCAUCAUUCCCAUUUAUGUGCCGGUCGGUGUUCGAGAUUUUGAUAUUGAUGGAGAGCUUUGGGUGAAAUUGCGCCUGAUACCGACAUCACCUUGGGUUGGAGCUGUUCAAUGGGCUUUUGUCUCACUACCCAAAAUCAAAUUUGAACUGUCACCAUUCCGCUUGUUCAACCUAAUGGCAAUCCCCGUUCUCUCAAUGUUUUUGACUAAACUUCUCACUGAGGAUUUACCUAGACUAUUUGUACGCCCAAAAAAGAUUGUUUUGGAUUUCCAGAAAGUAAAAGCAGUUGGCCCUGUAGGAGAUGAUUUCAAGUCAGGGGACAUGCAAGAAGGAAACAAGGAUUUUGCUGGAGAAUUAUCAGUGACCCUUGUAGAUGCUCGGAAGCUUCUCUAUGUCUUUUAUGGCAAAACAGAUCCAUAUGUUACUCUAAUCUUGGGGGAUCAGAUUAUAAAAAGUAAAAAGAAUAGUCAAACUACUGUUAUUGGACCUCCUGGUGAACCGAUUUGGAAUCAGGAUUUUUAUAUGCUUGUAGCAAACCCUAAAAAGCAAAAACUAUACAUCCAAGUCAAGGAUUCUCUUGGAUUCACAGACUUACCUAUUGGUACUGGAGAGGUUGAUCUUGGAUCUCUUCAAGACACUGUACCAACAGACAGGAUUGUGGUACUGCAAGGAGGUUGGGGACUGUUUAAGAACAGGUCUUCUGGUGAGAUACUACUACGACUGACAUAUAAAGCAUAUGUUGAAGAUGAAGAGGAUGACAAAACGGCUGUGGAUCCUACUGAUACUGAAGAUGAAGAUGAUGAACUGUCUGAUUCUGAUGAAUUAGGUGCCUAUGACAAGGAUAGUACCGAGUCCGCAAAUGAAACAGACAAAGAGUCCUUCAUGGAUGUUCUAGCAGCUUUGAUUGUGAGUGAAGAAUUUCAAGGGAUAGUGGCAAGUGAAACAGGAAACAACAAAGUUUUAGACGAUUUUUCCAAUGCAGCUUCAAAAACAUCAAGAUUGCGCGGUCUUGAUGCAGAAUCAAUGCCUUCAAAUUCUAAUAACAGUUCAGAAGGUUCUCGAGGGUCACCCUUAUAUUGGCUUGCCGUAAUUACCAGCAUAUCGGUACUAAUUGCUAUCAACAUUGGCGGUUCAAGUAUUUUCAAUCCUUGAUACAACCGUCUUGAGAAGAACCCGUGCUUGCUUUUUGAUCCAAGGGUCUGUUUCCUAAGAAGUCGACUCACACCAAUUCGUAGUUUACAUAUUGUAUAUUUGUGAUUAUUGCAGAGUGUUCCAUAGGCGGGAAUUUUUUUCGUUUUGUUUCUUUUUAGCCAUAGCCAUAGCAAUUAGCGAGUGGAAAUGAAUAUGUUCACAAGCUUAACUAUUCAUAUACAAAUCUUUCUGCUCUUA